CUACAGCAGCCACACCGAGCUCUCUGCGCGCACGGAGGGACGUCUUCCCUUUCUGACCGGGAAAAAUCACAAGCGCACAGAUCCGACUCGACAGCGGUCACAAAGACCACGGAGACACCGGCUACAUCCUCAAAUUUGGCAUUACUUUUUUUUUCUUUUACGCACAGCCCGGGUAGUUAAAGCAGCGCGGAUGCUGCUGUCUGCCACCGGACUGCUCUCUCCUGCAACCACAAACGCCUGAGUCGCCAACGCAGUUACCUGGAGAAGGAAAAGGGGGAAAAAAAGCUUAUCUCAACUGGAUUAUUACUUUGAAUUAAUACAGCCAAGUGGCCGAGCGACGCCGAAAUCAAACCAAGGGGAUUACCGCCUGGGAAGCUCCUGGCUUGUCUUCUCAGAGGGCAAAGUGCUGGUAAAUCUGCUUUAACUGGACUUGGGACCCGAGCGAGGAGCUGCUCAGACCUGCACUUGACGACGCCGUCUGGGGGAAACACAUCCACUCCCGAGCAGCUGAGGGGGAAGUGAGAAUCCAGAGAAAAUGCCUCUUGCACAAAUCGCAGAGCCAUGGCCCACGAUGGAACUAGUGCAGCUGGAGACGGAGAAUGGGCAGAGUACUGCUGAGGACGGGGUCACAGCGGCUGUCAAGGAAGAUGAUGACAUCAAGGAGAUCAAUAUUACCCAUGUGGUCAAAGAGGGCUCGGAGAAGGCUGACGCCUCUCAGUUCGAACUGCUCAAGGUUUUGGGACAGGGAUCCUUUGGCAAGGUGUUCCUUGUGCGAAAGGUGACCCCUCCAGAUGACAACCAGCUUUAUGCCAUGAAGGUCCUCAAGAAAGCCACACUCAAAGUGAGGGACCGGGUGAGGACCAAGAUGGAGAGAGACAUCCUUGCAGAUGUCAACCACCCAUUUGUUGUCAAGCUGCACUACGCAUUCCAGACUGAAGGGAAGUUGUACUUGAUCCUGGACUUUCUCAGAGGAGGAGAUCUUUUCACCAGAUUGUCUAAAGAGGUGAUGUUCACAGAGGAAGAUGUGAAGUUUUAUUUAGCCGAGCUGGCACUGGGACUGGACCACCUCCAUAGCCUUGGAAUCAUUUACAGGGACCUCAAGCCUGAAAACAUUCUCCUGGAUGAGGAGGGACACAUCAAACUCACAGAUUUUGGCUUAUGUAAAGAAGCCAUCGAUCAUGAGAAGAAAGCUUAUUCCUUCUGUGGUACCGUGGAGUACAUGGCCCCAGAGGUGGUGAACAGACAGGGACACAUCCACAGCGCCGACUGGUGGUCAUUUGGUGUAUUAAUGUUUGAGAUGUUGACCGGAGCGCUGCCGUUUCAAGGCAAGGACCGCAAAGAAACCAUGAAUCUGAUUCUGAAGGCGCGCCUGGGAAUGCCUCAGUUCUUGAGCACCGAGGCCCAGUCUCUGCUCAGGGCUCUGUUCAAGAGGAACCCGGCCAACAGACUGGGCUCCGGUGCUGACGGUGCUGAAGAGAUUAAACGACACGGCUUCUUCUCGACUAUAGACUGGAAUAAACUCUUCCGAAAAGAAAUUAAGCCUCCGUUCAGACCAGCUGUAGCACGUCCAGAUGACACCUUCUAUUUUGACUCCGAGUUCACUUCUCGCACACCAAAAGACUCCCCCGGUGUUCCCCCCAGUGCUGGAGCGCAUCAGUUAUUCCGAGGCUUCAGCUUUGUGGCGUCAACGAUGCUGAACGAAGAAGGUGCAGUGGAGUUGGUGCAGCCCCCCCCUCACCCAGUGGUCCAGCAACUGCACGGCAAGAACCUGCUCUUCAGCGACGGCUACGUGCUCAAGGAGGACAUCGGCAUGGGCUCGUUCUCCGUGUGUAAAAGAUGUAUCCACAAAGCCACCAACACUGAAUAUGCGGUCAAGGUGAUCGACAAGACCAGCACCGACCCGUCUGAGGAAAUUGAGAUCCUACUUAGAUAUGGACAGCACCCCAACAUCAUAACACUGAAGGAUGUGUACGACAAUGGCAAGCAGGUGUUCCUGGUGACGGAGCUGAUGCGUGGAGGAGAGCUGCUUGAUCGGAUCCUGAAACAGAAGUUCUUUUCGGAGCGAGAGGCCAGCGCCGUGCUCCACACCAUCACCAAGACCGUGGAGUACCUGCACUCGCAGGGGGUGGUGCACAGAGACCUGAAGCCCAGCAACAUCCUCUACGUUGAUGAGUCUGGGAAUCCUGAGUCCAUCAGAAUCUGUGACUUUGGCUUUGCCAAGCAGCUGCGGGCCAACAACGGCCUGCUGAUGACCCCGUGCUACACUGCUAACUUUGUGGCCCCUGAGGUGCUGAAGCGUCAGGGCUACGACGAAGGAUGUGACAUCUGGAGUUUGGGAGUCUUGCUGUACACCAUGCUGGCUGGUUCUACUCCAUUUGCCAAUGGACCCGAGGACACGCCAAAUGAGAUUCUGAACAGGAUAGGAAACGGACACUUCAGUCUCACUGGAGGCAACUGGGACUCUGUGUCUGAUAGCGCUAAGGACCUUGUUUCCAAGAUGCUUCACGUGGACCCCCUUCAGAGGCUGACGGCCAAGCAGGUCUACAAACACCCCUGGAUCGUCCACAGAGACGAACUACCCAACAGCCAGCUCUCACACCAGGAUCCCAAACUAGUCAAGGGUGCGAUGGCAGCCACCUACUCCGCUCUGAAGAAAUCCCAGCCCACUCCAGAUCUCAAGCCCAUUGAAAGCUCGUUCCUUGCUCAGAGGCGUGUGAAGAAGCUACCCUCCACCUCUUUGUAGAGACUUUAAAACCAACCCCAACCAGCUCACUGGAGUCUGAUCGAAACCGCACCUCCUGACUCCAAACCAACCCAGUCAGCUUGCUCGGGGGGCGUAGCGUCUACCAGCCAAAACCAGCCAAGGAACACUGACUGUGGUCCUGCACCUCAUCUUGUGACACCGGCUAUCCCGCUCUUGCUGUCAUCCUCCUUGUGUGGGCUCAUCAGCUGCUGUUCAGCCAAUGCACUUGGACCAGCAAAAGAUUGUGAUGAUGAACUGGGAUGAGGGCAUAAAGGGAAAAGGAAGAAAAAAAAAACCAUGGGGUGCAGGUUUCUGACAGAUGUAUUAGUGAUGUAUGAGUGUGUGUGUGUGUGCGUGUGUGUGCGUGUGCGUGCGUGCGUGUGUGUGUGCAUGACCUGCAACAGAGUCGACGCAGCCAUGUUUUUGAUAGUGACAAUGACAGUUUUCUCUCCUAAUCGUUGCUGUAAUUGGUUCUUGCUGCACGCCUGUCCGCCUGCCUGUGUCAUUGUCCAUAUUCCUGUUCUUUUUUGUAGAGUUUAUGAGCUUUAUAUUUACCGGCUGUGCUGCCAAAUCAAACUGUGCAGUCAGCACAAAAACACAGCACUGUCCGGCUGCUGUUAAAUGUUUUUUUUUUUCCUUUCCUUUUUUUUUUUCAUAGAAAAUACUGAAAUAAUUCUGCCAUGAAUGCCUCUUUGGCUUUGGUACAACCAGAAUAUGUAGAUUCUGGGAGAUGUCAAACGCUGAUGUUUUGGUUAAUGUCAAUCUAAGCUUGUAUUUGGUUAAACAAAGUGUAUGUGUGCGUGUGUGUGUCCGUGCGUGUGUGUGUGUGUGUGUGUGUGUGUGUGUGUGUGUGUGUGUGUGUGUGUGUGUGUCGGUGCAUGAUUUGCAGUGUGUGUGUGCGUAUCGUCUUGCAGGAUGCUGCAAAGUCAUGUGCAUGAUCUGGUGACGUGAUGAUGUCAUGUGGCUUCCUCGUUUUGCUGCUCUCCCUUUUCUCUGCUUGGUCAAACUGCUGGCGAACAUUUGAGAUGACUAUUAUUUUUAUUACUACAAAAACUAGUAAAAUAGGUGGCUUUCUGUGAAAGAAAACCUGCCCCAGAGCAGUGUGGCAUGUUUGCUUUAAUGUACUCUGAGUUUCUCCUCUGUGUUCAUUGGACAAUGCAUAUUGAAAUCUGUUUCUUGUGUUAGUUGCUUUUGUCGUUGUUGUUGUUGUUUCUUUUUCUUUAUCUUUUUGUCUAAAGACAUGCUGAAAUGGAUCCUGUGGACUUGAUGCUGUGCAGGUCUUUUCUUCUAUUCAAGGAAUGUGAAAGUGCUGCAAAGGGCCAACCAUCUUCUUGAAGUUGAGCUCUCAUUUGCUACUUUUGUCAGAUCACUGGUUGGUAAUAUGAAAUAGACCUACCUUCAUUGUGGAGUAUCUUCUUUUCUUUCAUUAUAUUUGAAUAUUCAUGAAUUCUUUUGAAUACAACACUUGGUUACACGUCACUGAAACUGAGUGUGAGAUCUUUUAAAGAAGGGGAAAUCCAGCUGUAAUUUUCUUCAUAAAGUAGGUCCUGCUUUCAGCUCAGUGCCUAGGCCUACAGGUGAGGCAGAAUGUCUUGCAUGGAAAAUGCAUGAAAAAUAACAAAAAAAAUAUAAUAUUUCCAAAAAGAUACUGUGCUCCUGUAGAAGGAAAGACCUGUGUGGCCUAAUAAGAUAUGAACCAGCUGUCUUACCUCAAAAGGGAUCAAGCUUAUGUUAUUCUUAUUUGGUGGCAAAACUUCCCCUCCUGAUUAAUGGUAUUAUGUUGAGGUGUUAUUCUAUGAUAAAGAUGAAGAUUUUUAUAUCUUACAAUAUUAAAAAUUGAGUUGCUAUGACAAA